AUGGCGAAGCAGCUCCCCAGUCGACCUGCAAAGAAACCGACCUCCAACACCAACAGCAGCACCAGCGUGAAGAAAGCCGGCGGCAUGGCAGGGCAGAACGGUUUCGACUUCCCUGUGCUCUUUACCAUUGAUGGAUCGAACAGGCACGAGGUGAUCCUGGUCAAUCCCGGCCUUGACCUGGAGCAGUUGAAGGAGACUGUCCAAGGUGUGCUCGAAUCACCGAACUGCGCCGAGAUCUUGAGCAGUUAUCGCAACAAGGAGAACAAGGACGAAGUGGGGGAUAUUAGGGUCAAGUGGUCGUCAGAGGGGAGAGAUAAGCAGCUCUUCCCCAAGGAUACUCUCUUGACGGAUGACAAUGUCGAGCCCGUGCUAAGGUUGAUGUCGUCGUCUGGUGUCGGGAAGGAUACGUUCGACAUCAAGCUGAAGCAGCAGGAAAAGCAGCAGCAACAGCAGAAACCCGCGGCUGGCGGCGCAUCCAAAGGCACCCCAUCAGGUGGACCUCCCAAGAAGCCGUCGACACCCAGCACCAAGUAA